UCAUCAUCUAGGUUCAACCCACAUCUCAUUAAUUCAUCAAACAAACAACCAUUUCUCUUCUCUUUUUGAUCAAUCUCCAAAAAAUGGAAGGAUGUUGGGCGAUGCUAUCCAAGUACCAACUUCACUUAGCCAUGUUAGCCUUACAAUUUGGUUAUGCUGGUUUUCAUGUGGUUUCAAGAUUAGCCCUUAAUAUGGGUAUAAGCAAGAUUGUCUUCCCUGUUUAUAGAAACAUCCUAGCUCUCCUUCUUCUCCUUCCUUUUGCCUACUUUCUUGAGAAGAAGGAAAGGCCGCCAAUUAAUCUCUCGUUUCUUCUCCAAUUCUUCCUCCUCGCUGUUGUCGGAAUUACGGCGAAUCAAGGAUUCUAUUUGCUCGGAUUAGACCACACUUCUCCUACAUUUGCUUCCGCCAUUCAGAACUCUGUCCCAGCUAUUACUUUUCUAAUGGCCGUUGUUCUAAGGAUAGAGAAAGUGAGAUUAGAUAGAAGAGAUGGUAUCUCCAAGGUAUUGGGAACAAUCUUCUGUGUCGCGGGAGCUUCCGUCAUCACAUUAUACAAGGGACCCACAAUUUACAGCCCGUCGCCGUUGCCGCGAGUACAGAACGUUUUGCCGGCGGCGGCGUUAACCUUAGCGGCGGGAGAAGUUGACGGAAAGAGUUGGACAUUGGGUUGCGUUUACUUAAUCGGACAUUGUUUGUCAUGGUCGGGAUGGUUGGUGUUUCAGACUCCAAUUUUGAAGAAAUAUCCGGCCAAGCUCUCAUUUACAUCGUACCAGUUGUUCUUUGGAAUCAUACAGUUUCUUAUUAUCGCUUUGUUUUGUGAAAGAGAUCCUCAGGCAUGGCUUAUUCACUCCGGCAGCGAAUUAUUCAGCGUUUUCUAUGCAGGAGUGGUGGCAUCAGGGAUAGCAUUCGCUGUACAGAUUUGGUGCAUAGCUAGAGGUGGUCCCGUCUUUGUUGCCGUUUAUCAACCUGUUCAAACCCUUCUUGUCGCUCUCAUGGCUUCCAUUGCAUUGGGAGAACAAUUCUACUUGGGAGGGAUCAUUGGAGCUGUACUGAUCAUAGCCGGAUUGUACCUUGUGUUGUGGGGUAAGAGUGAAGAAAAGAAGCUAGCAACAAUUACUGACAAGGGUGGGAUCCAAUCAAAUGCGGACCACACUAAUACUACUACAAUCAGUCACAUCAGGCCUUCCAUCACUCAACCAUUGCUCAAUCAUGAAACUGCUUGAUUCGAUCACCAUUAAUCAAAUUUUUGGACAAUUCCAAGUUUCCCUCCAUGCAUGGAUAUUAAUUAUAUAUAUAUGUUGAAGAAGAAGAACUAAGUUUGUUUGUUUGUUGUGUGUUUGUUGUAUUUUCUAUUAUGUGUUUGUUCUUAGUAUAUUUAGGGUUUGUGCUUAUACAUUGGAAUAUUAGCUUAAUUUUGGACCCGUGAUGAAAAAGUCAAGUAGAGAAAAGAAGUAUUUUGAUGUGGAUCGAUGGGACCUAUUAUAAAUCAAUGAUGAUUUAUGCAAAUUCAAUGGAUGUUCAUGUUAUAUAUUUCA